AUGGCUGCUAAUUCUGUUAGUUGCUGCGUUAGCAGCAGCGGCAGCUUCAGGUUUCCGGAAUACGAGAUCCCGGAGCUAAACACACAGCCCUUCCUCGUGCGUGCUGUGGGGGACCUAUGGAAAGAGAGGCUUCUUGGCGCCCGUGAUUUCUCCCUGGAGCCGCCCUCGCCCAGCAGCCUGGACGCGGCCGGAGCCAGAGCUGGUGAGGAAGAUGUGGUCGUGGCUGAGGACUUGGGUUGCAGCCCAGAGACCGCGGCCGAGCUGAGCCUCGUAUGCGGCCUGGAUAAGCUGAAAUACUGUGAAGAGGAAGAUGAUCCAGAAGUCAUUCCUGAAGACACCAACCUAGUGACAUUGGGACUUAGAAAGAGAGCCUUGGAGCAUCGAGAAGAAACCAUAACAGUAGAUCGUGUCUGCAGACAAGAAACCUUUGCUUAUGAAAUGGAGUCACAUGCCAUAGGAAAGAAGCCAUCAAAUCCAGCAGACUUGGUUAACGAAGGAGAACUUAUCCUAACUCUGAAUAUCUUCUAUCCUGUUAUAUUUAGUAAGCAUAAAGAACGCAAACCUUAUCAAACCCUGCUUGUGUUAGGCAGUCAAAAACUCACAGAGCUAAGGGAUGCAUUUUGCUGUGCCAGUGAUCUUCAGAUUGGAGGAGAAUUCAGCAACACACCUGACCAGGCACCUGAGCACACCAGCAAGGAUCUUUACAAGUCAGCUUUCUUUUAUUUUGAAGGAACAUUUUACAAUGACAAAAGAUACCCUGAAUGCAGAGAUUUGAGCAGAACAGUUAUUGAAUGGUCAGAGUCCCAUGAUCGAGGAUAUGGGAAGUUCCAGGCUGCUAAAAUGGAAGAUUUCACCUUCAAUGACCUGUACAUUAAAUUAGGUUUUCCUUACUUGUAUUGUCACCAGGGAGACUGUGAGCAUGUUGUCAUCAUCACAGAUAUAAGACUCGUACAUCAUGAUGACUGCUUGGAUAGGACACUUUAUCCCCUGCUUACCAAGAAGCACUGGUUAUGGACCAGGAAAUGUUUUGUUUGUAAAAUGUACACAGCCAGAUGGGUAACCAAUAACGACUGCUUUGCACCAGAGGAUCCCUGUUUCUUCUGUGACGUUUGUUUCCGAAUGCUCCAUUAUGAUUCUGAGGGCAACAAACUGGGGGAGUUCCUUGCUUAUCCUUAUGUUGACCCUGGAACUUUUAACUGAAGACACGACAGGGACACUGAAAACUGGCAUUGUUUGGAAUGAUUGCAAUACUUUUUGGAAAUGUAACAGCUUCAGGAUGCCAGCAGCUUCUUAGGCAAAAUUACAACUGAAAAGCAACCUAUUUGCUUUUGCGAUAACCCAUUAAUUUUUUAAAUUCUCUUUUUGAUUGUUUUAAGCUUAAAAAUGUUUGGGCACAUGAUAUAUUAAAUUCUUAUUGCUCUGGUUAUAUUUAUUUUCUUUCUUUGAGCUAACCACAUAGCAAUCUUCAGUGGUCCCAAAUCAGCCUGUAUUUUCUGGCUUAGUCAUUCUUUUCAAGUUGCAAGUGAUAAAAUUAGACCCACUAUGACUAAUGUGAUCCAAGGAAUGGGGACCUCUAGACAGUAAUCAUGUAAUGGAAAGUUUUACAUCUCUAUGGAUAUUUUAAAGAGCAACUAUACUCAUCAGAAGUCAUCAUACAUGUAUAAAAGGUAAAAGGACUAAAAGUUUUAUAAAUAGCCUGAAAAAAUAUACACUAUAAAAAUUGAAAGAAAAAAAAGAAAAACUUGGUAGAAUGGAAAUAAUUUUCCUACUUGCAAAUAAGUAAGCACGGAUAUGUGAGUAUUUAGU